AUGGACGACUUAGCAGCUGCCUUUCUCGGUCCGGGAGAUGACGCCUCAAUCCAGGAAGAGGAUGACGGCCAACAAGGCUCCGGCUCCGGCACCGACUCGAUCACCACGGCCCGGACAUUGCGCCGGGGGAUUCUCAAGGCAGCCAACUUACAAGACAAGCUUCUAGAGAAACUUCUCGCCCAAGUCAUCCCUGUAGACGAUGGCCAGCCUCACGAGGCCGGCGGGAGCGCCGAACCCUCAUCCUUCGGCGAACGCCCCGGCUUCACGGUAGGCGCUAUGUCCAACAACUUCCGGCGGUUCAACGCGCGCAUCGGGGUCGUCUUCAAGUUCCAAGCCAAAGCGCUACGCGUGCUCUCCUGGCGGCGGCCGACACACACCCUCUCGCUCCUAGCCGUCUACACCUUCAUCUGCCUAGACCCGUACCUGAUCUUCGUUCUCCCGCUCGCCAUCGCCCUAUUCGGCAUCUUCGUGCCCUCCUUCAUCGCGCGGCACCCGGCCCCUACUUCUUCGUCCGAAGCCCACGCCGUGCGCAACCUAGGCUACAGCCCCCGAGGUCCUCCCUUAGCUCCUGCGCGAACGUUCAAGCCGACCAAGGAGCUGUCGCGCGACUUCUUCCGCAACCUGGGCGACUUGCAGAACGUUAUGGACGACUAUAGCGUGGCCCACGACAAGAUCAUUGCGCUUGUUGUACCCAAAACCAACUUCAGCGACGAGGCGCUGUCGUCUGCCAUCUUCGUCUUGCUGUGCGGCGCCUGCGCCCUCAUGACCGUCACCGCGCACAUGAUCCCGUGGCGCUACAUCUGCCUCGUCGCCGGCUGGGCGGCGAUCUGGUCUAACCACCCCACCGUCUCGCGACUCAUCGGUGAGUGGCAGGCUCAGUAUCUAGGAGGCGACCACCAAAAAGAACAACCAAGCAUCACGCAACAAGCCGUGUACGACAACGACAGGAAGCUGGAACAAAUCCAGAACCACCCGCCCGGCCCCAGCGCCGAUUCGUCGCUAGCGGCGGAACGGGCCUUCGAUGCCUGGGUGCGGUCGGACAUCAUACUGGACGACGCGCCCGAGACGCGCGAGGUGGAGAUUUUCGAGCUGCAGCGCCUCAGCGACACCAGUGGCGAGUGGGAGCCGUGGCUGUUCAGUCCGUCGCCGUACGACCCGCUGUCUGCGGCGCGGAUUGCUGGGGACCGGCCGACGGGGACGAGAUUCUUUGAGGACGUGCUGCCGCCCGAGGGGUGGGAGUGGAGCGGGAAGAAGUGGGCAUUGGAUCUUUGGAGUAGGGAGUGGGUGGAGGAAAGGAUCAUUACGGGCGUCGAAGUCGAGACGGAGGGUGAGAGGUGGGUUUAUGAUAUCUAUAACGAACAUGAGAAUGGCGGUGAUGGUGGCGGUGGUAACGACGACUUGGGGGCGGCGUUGGGGGAUGGGGACUACGAGACGCCGGUGAGGAGUCAGGAUCAGAGUCGGAAUACGCCCAAGAUUGGGCCGACGAUCAGCUGGGAGGAAGGAGAGGAGGGGAUGGGAAGGAGGGGAAGUUGGCGGAGGAGGAGAUGGGUGAGGAUGGUGAAGAGAAGAAAUGUCAAUGGGGCGUCGAAUUAG